CGUUGCUUGCGACCUGCAUCAGUCCUGAUCCAGCCAAAAAUAAGACAUCUCACCAUGUCUUCGGUGCCCACUUUCGCCGGCUUGUCCGGUCGGAAGCUGAUCUGGUCUGUGACUUCCUGUGCGACCUUGGGUUUCUUGCUCUUUGGUUACGAUCAGGGUGUGAUGAGCAGUAUUAUUGACGCCGAUCCGUUCAACGACAUUUUCACGGCUACGAGAGACAACUCCACCAUUCAGGGUGUGGUCACUGCUAUCUAUGAAUUGGGAUGUCUCGCCGGUGCUGUCUUUAUCCUCGCCUGCGGUGACUGGCUCGGCCGCAGAUACUCCAUCAUGCUCGGUGCCACCAUCAUGAUCAUCGGUGUUAUCAUCCAGGUUACGUCUGUCAAGGGACACGUCCCUCUGGCUCAAUUCUGUGUCGGACGUGUCAUUACUGGUGUCGGAAACGGCAUGAACACAUCCACCAUCCCCACAUACCAGGCUGAAUGUUCGAGAACCUCCAAUCGUGGUCUGCUCAUCUGUAUCGAGGGUAGUACCAUUGCUAUUGGAACCCUGAUCUCCUACUGGGUGGACUUCGGCGCCUCCUAUGGUCCCGAUGACCUCACCUGGCGUUUCCCCAUCGCUUUCCAGAUCUUCUUCGGUCUUCUUAUCAUUUUCGGACUCAUGGUGCUGCCCGAGUCUCCCAGAUGGCUGUUCACCCAGGAGCGCUACGAGGAAGGUGAGCGGGUCAUUGCCGCCUUGCAGGGUAAGGAAAUCAGCCACCACGAGGUCCAGCUGCAGAAGACCAUCAUUCUGGACUCUCUCAGAGCUUCCGGCAUGGCCACCAAGUCCACUCCCCUCUCCGCCGUCUUCACCGGCGGCAAGACCCAGCACUGCCGUCGCAUGCUUCUGGGCUGCUCAUCUCAAUUCUUCCAGCAAAUCGGUGGUUGCAAUGCUGUCAUCUACUACCUGCCCGUCCUGAUGCAGCAAUCCCUCCACCAGACCGAAUUCAUGGCCAUGAUUCUUGGUGGUGUCAAUAUGAUCGUCUACUCCAUCUUCGCCUGUUCAUCCUGGUUCCUGAUCCAAAAGGUCGGCCGUCGCAACCUCUUCCUUGUCGGCUCUUUCGGCCAAAGUGCUUCCAUGGUGAUUACCUUCGCCUGCUUGAUCCCCGGCGGUCCCGAAGCCGCCAAGGGUGCCGCCGUCGGCUUGUUCACCUUCAUUGCCACCUUCGGCGCUACCUGGCUCCCGCUCCCUUGGCUCUACCCGGCUGAAAUCUCCCCGAUCAAGACCCGUACCAAGGCGAACGCCAUCUCCACCUGCACUAACUGGCUCUUCAACUUCCUCAUUGUCAUGGUCACCCCCAUUAUGAUUCGCAACAUCGGAUGGGGCACGUACCUCUUCUUCGCGGUCAUCAACGCCCUCUUCAUCCCGGUCAUUUACAUCUUCUACCCCGAGACAAAGGGUAGAUCACUCGAGGAAAUUGAUCUGAUCUUCGCCAAGGGAUACCUCGAGAAGAUGACCUAUGUGCGUGCGGCCAAGGAGCUGCCAUUCUUGACCGAUGAGGAGGUCGAGCAGGUUGCUAUUCAGUACGGAUUCGGUCCUGCUGAUCAGCCUGCUAGUGGUGAUAGUGAGAGCACGGAGACUGGUGCAGGUAGGACGGAGGUUGAGGUGGAGAAGCGCAGCGAGUAAGGGGGGCUUAGUUGGAUUAGAUUAGAGUCUUUGCUCGAUAAAGAGCUGUUGUUGUUUGAGGCGGUGAUAUCCAGAUUGACAUUGUAUUACUCAUUGGACAAGAUACCAUAUACCAGAUGGAGUUUGGCUCUGUCAAUAUUUAUGGGACAUUAAUAUAGGACUGCAAUAUACCUACACAAUCUUUUACUAUGCU